UAAAAAAACAAAAUCCGAAAAUUUUCUAGUACCAUGUGUUGCUAUGUGUUACCACAAAAAAAUACUUUUAUUUUUAACAAAAUGCAAGAGUUCCCCGAGAAUAACUUGCUUAGUUGUUCACCCACUCAACAAAAGUAUCGCGAUAAAAGCUAAGCAACCAAUGAUGGAUGCAUUUUAAAACUGAUUGGAAUUCUUUUCUUACGUAUUUACUUAAAUAUUAAUAACUCAUUUGAAUUUGGAUAUGGUUUCUAUUUGAUUUAUUUUAAGAGCAUAUAUAUAUAUUUUUUUUAAUGUUAGGUUUUUUUUGAGCUUAGUGCUUCUCGCAACGGGGCCCAUGACCCUUCAGAAUGAGUUGGUUCAGAAGGGUGAGUAAAUGCGAACUUUAUAAUUGCGAACUGGCAUAAGUGCACUGAAAGAAUUUGCAAACAUCGGCAUAAGUGCAAACUGACUUAAGUGAGAGUUGGCAUAACUGCAAAAACUGCAGUUGCAAAAACAGGCACAAAUGCGAACUGGCAUAAAUGCGCUAAAAGAAUUUGCAAACAUUGGCAUAAAUACGAAUUUCCAAAAGUGCGAACUGGCAUAAGUGCAAAGCAGUUGCAAAAACUGCAAUAAGUGUGAAUUUGCAUAAGUGCGCCGAGUAAGUUUGCACACAUUGGCAUAUGUGCAAACUGGCAUAAGUGCAAGACAGUUAAAAAAAAUUGGCAUAAGUGCGAAUUGGAGUAAGAGCGCCAAACAAAAUUGCAAAUAUUAACAUAUGUGCGAAUUGACAUUUCGUACUUAUGCCAUUUUCGUUCUUAUGCCAGUUCGCAUUUAUGCCAAUGUUUGCAAACUCUUUUAGCGCACUUAUACCAGUUCGCCAUUGUGCCAGUUUUUGCAACUGCUUCGCACUUAUGAUCGAGUUGCAAGAGAAAGACCCUAGUUAAACCAACUUAUGAUUAACAAAAUGACUUUUAGGUAUCAAACUAUCAAUAGGUUUGAUAAAUAAACUGCGAAACUUUACUGAAUAGAAAAUUUAAUUAAAAAAAAAACAACUUAUUACGGCAAAUUAAUUUAUUUUGUCUUUGUUAUUCCUAUCCUUUAUUAAAUCGGUGAAUGUUAAAAGGGCGGAAGUCCAACUAUGUAAACAGUCGGGAAACUAAGAAAAAUUGCAUUUUCCCCCGUAGUAAAUUAUUUGUUAAUGCUUUGAUAAUUUUUUUUUUAAGAGGAAUAUGUUUUUCACCUUCAAAAAAAAAAUAUUGAACCAUUAACAAAAAUUUACUAGGGAGGAAAAUGCAGUUUUUUGGUUUCCUAAGAGAUUACAUUAUUGAACUUCCGCCCUUUUAACUUUCACUGGUAUGAUUGUUGUUGUUGUUAAUUUAAAAAGCGGGAAAUUUUUUUUUGAAUAUAAAAGUAAUAAUAAAAAUAAUUUAAGCGACUUAUCAUGAAUUGGGUCGGAGGUGCAAGGAGCCGAUUACGUACAAAAAAUGAAAAAAAGAUUCAGCAACAGUAUUUUGAAAAAAAAAGAGAACAGAAAAAACUUGGUAUCAAGCCAACUUUUAAUAGUUCUUUUAAAAAUCAUGGUUUUUCAAUUAGUCAAGAUAUGUUAUCAUUAAAAACGGUUCUUAAAAGUCACGAUAAUUUACUGAAAAAGAAAGGUUUAAAUAUCUGCUACAAUAAGCCACGCCAUGUUGAGUUGAAUGAUUAUUCAUUAAAACCUCACAUCAAUUAUAAUAGAGCUGUAUUAACCUCAUCACCUGUAAAACAAAAAUCUAAUUUGCUUUUAACAAAUGCUGAAGAUGAUGAGAAACAAUCUACAGUUCAAUCUAUAUUAAACGAUAAACUAUACAAAUCAUUUGAAAAUUCAAUCCUUAAAUCUAAUCCAUCCACAAAUGUAAAUUUGCAAAAUUAUGAAGAAUUGAAUACAUGUCUUCCUCCCAUAUCUGUAGUUGAUCAACUAAGUAGAAAAAUAAAUUCUCAGUUAUUGGAAGGGGAUCAGUUACUGCGACAAAAAAGCCCUAGUAAAAGAAAGUCAGAGUAUUACUAUUUUAUUGAAGGCUUGAAAAAAACUAAAAAAAAUGGUUUUGAUAAUAAUAAAGAAAGUUCUAACUAUGAAACACAGUUUUUGACAAAAUUUGAAAGAAACAAUAAAAUGCACUCAAAUUUAUACCAGCAAAAAAAAUUUUCUGCUUCGCCAGAAUCAAUGUCAUCUUUUAACUUGAAUAAAAAAUAUAGUUUAUUAUAUCAAAAUAUUGAAACUCCUCAAGUGUUGGUCUCAGCUUCUCCAGAGUGUUCUUCUAUACAAAGUAAUAUAAUUUUAAGCCCACCUAAAAACUUAAUUACUUAUCAAACUAAAAUGAAUUGUAUAAGUAAUGAGUUUAUUGAUAGCAUAUCCUCACUUAAGUACAACAAGGUUGAAGAAAAAGAAUUGAACGUAAGUAAAAUAACAACUGGUUUACCUAAUAAGAAGACCUCAAUUGGGUCGUUCAAGUUAAACACCUCGAUCGAAUCCCCAAACGUGAACACCACUAUUGAAUCAUCUAAUGUUAACACCUCAAUAAAAUCUCCUGACUUAAACAUUUCAAUUAAUUCACCUAAUAUGAACACAUCAGUUGAAUCACAAUAUGUGAACAUCUUCAUUGAAUCACCUUAUAUAAACACCUUAGUUGAAUCACCUAAUUUGAAUGUUCAAGGUUCAAGAUUUCUAGAUGAUUGUAGUGGGAUUGUAUCUAACAAGGAUAUAUUAUCAUCAUGGGCAAGUAGUAUACAAUCAAAUCAAGGUGUUCAUGACAACAGUAAAUGCAUCAUUAAUGAUAAAAAUCACCAACAGAAUAAUUGUAUUUGUUCUUCGUUACCAAUAAAUUCUAUAUCUUGUGACUCUUUGAUAAACAUUCCAAAUGGUGAAUAUUUAACUAAGGAUAUUAUCAGUAAAUGUUUGACAAAUAAUAUAUGCGAAAAAGUAACACAAGUUUUAGAUGCAUUAAACAAACAUGAUUUAAUUCUUCAUGAACAGCAUUUAGAAAUCAUUACUGCUAUUAAUAUGCAAAAAUAUAGAGAAACAUCUCUUUUUUUUAGAGAGGGCAAUGUAAAAUAAUUUUUUUUUUUAAAUUUUUAUGGUUGUAUUGUUUUUAUUGUUGUUAUGGUUGUAUUGGUUUUAUUAUAGUUAUGGUUGAAUUGGUUAUGUUUUUUAAGAAAGUUCUUACUACGUAUAUUUAUAUGGAAAUGAAAAAAGUAUAGUUAAUGUUUUUACUUUAAAUUGUCCACAUAUUUGUUACCUAAUUUUUAAGUUAGGUAUUUAAGGUAAUA